GUGGACUGUGACACCGACAACAUGGAAACAUCGAGAUUCCGAAUUUCAGCUCAGAGACGCCCAGGUUGCACAGCACAGAUUAAAUCACCAGGGGCAAAUGAUUUCUCACGGCGCAUACAGUUCGUUCAAAGAAAAGGCUGCUCCCCAAACUGCUCGGCUCUAGUUGCCAGACCAUCGUCGUCGAGCCACCUCACCUCACCUCGAAACACCCACCAUGAUCAAGCCUCGACUUUCUCCCCGAAUCACUGACGAUUCCUUUUCGAGAAGCGGACACACGUCCGCGUCCUGAAACGUCAAGAUCGUUGCCCCUCCUGGUCAAGGUCACAUUGGCAGUGGAGGCUUAGCCAAAGCCUAGACUAAAGGCUAAACACCCGUCCCGUUUCUCGUGCUCGGAUCUCGCCUGCUGCAUCCGCCUUCUUCGUCCUCGAUCCCUUCCCCGCAAAGAAGUGCUCAACACCUCCGCUCCAUUCUCCGAGCUAGUUAGGUGCUACUGGACACUUGUUGGCUAAAAAUCAAGGAUCCCCAGAUCUGGGGAAAUGGGUCGCCGACGCGUGGUCAGGUACCUUCCAAUUUAUCCAAUGCCGGUUCAAAUGACCAUUGCAACCCAAGCAUCCUGAGAUUGAAAGGAUCCCAAGCAAUGCGAACAUGCAUAAACUCUAGACAGGGCUAGCUCAACCGAGAACAAGACAUCCGAUCAAGCGAGCGAAACAUUCCAGAAACCAGGAUUCAACAGAGGUUCUUCGAACAAAUGCUGCCCCCUGAGACUCUGCGCCCCCCAUUUCACCCGGUUGACCGUCUAAGGCACUCGUCAACAAAACUACAAAGGAUUAUGAAGCGUUACUAUUUUCAUGCAAUAGCCACCCUCCCAUUACGCCCAAACCUUGGCCUUGGGGUGACAGGAGCCGGAUCUUGUUAGUCAUGCUGGCCUUGGCCUUCUUGCGGGGGAGCGGAAUGCGACUGGUGUUGGGUCAAUGGGCGGCAACACGGUUCCGCAAAAACGGUGACAUCGUCAGGAUCUUUACAUGCUCAGAUGUCUCGAUAAUGUUCUGGCUACCAGUCUGACCGCCGAGUAUAACUAUUCGCCACCCACUCCCAUCGAGAAAGGUAGAUCGACAAGCCCAGGAACAGAUCUACUGCAACUUCCUCAUCAGUACUAAAUAUCAAGAUGUGGCCCUCUCCCAAAGCUGCUUACCUCCUCCUGUUGGCCCGCUCGGCUCUCGUCGGCGCGUCCCCUGUCGAGCUUGAGGAGCGCCAGUCAUGCCCUUCCAUUCACGUCUUCGGUGCUCGUGAGACCACGGUCUCCCCCGGAUUUGGUACCGCUGGCGUCGUUGUCAACCUCAUCCUCCAGGCCUAUCCAGGUGCCACCUCCGAGGCCAUCGUCUACCCAGCCUGUGGUGGCCAGUCCUCUUGCGGCGGCGUCCAGUACGGUGAUUCCGCCAGACAGGGCACCAACGCCGUUGCCACGGCUGUCAACAGUCUCAAUGCUCGCUGUCCCGACACCCAGAUUGUUCUUGUCGGAUAUUCUCAGGGCGGUCAAAUCAUGGACAAUGCCGUCUGCGGUGGACCUGACAGCGGUGCUGGUAUCACCACCAGCACCCCUGGCAUCAACGCCAGCGCCCUUAACCAGGUCAAGGCCGUCAUCAUGAUGGGUAACCCCCGUUACCGCGCUGGUCUUUCGUACAAUGUGGGAACCUGCACUGCUUAUGGCUUCGAUCCCCGCCCUGCCGGCUACACCUGCGCCUCGGCAUCCAAGCUCCAGAACUACUGCGACUCGCCCGACCCGUACUGCUGCACGGGCAACGAUGCAAACACUCACCAAGGCUACGGCUCCAAGUACGGCCAGCAGGCCCUUGCGUUCGUCAAGUCCAAGCUCAGCAGCGGAGGCGGCGGCGGCGGCGGAAGUACUCCUACCACCCCUAGCAACCCUUCUACCCCUACAAAUCCUAGCACAGGGAACUGCGCGGCCAAAUGGGGCCAGUGCGGUGGACAGGGCUGGACGGGCGCCACUUGCUGCCAGUCUGGGUCGACUUGCCAGGCUGCUAACCAGUGGUACUCUCAGUGCAUCUAAGUUGAGGUCGUAUGUACGUGAAGGGAUAAGUGGUGGUGAUAAGGGCCUGGGGUCUAGACUGUUCAGCUUUGGGUAGUCAGAAGGUCCAAUAGGUCGACAACUUCUUUGUAUAUGAAUAGCUUUAUGCCGAUGCUGAAAUGAACAUACUAUGUCGGCCACUGUCAACGGGUC